AUGGCAUUAUCACGCGCGAAACCAGACGAGCUGCCCAAGGAUGCCGUUGUGAUAACAGAAGAUCAGGCCUUAAAAUACCAAUGGAAGAUUAUAACAGCCUGGGACAAAGUGGGAGAUGUAUGGUCCCUGCGCUACGCACCUGGAGUCCUGAGUGCUAUGGCGGCGGCCACGGGUGCCUACAUAAAUAACCAUUAUCGCACCAAACUGCGGCUGGGCGGGCACGGGAGGCUAUCCAGCUACUUGCCCAUUGUCGCCGUACCUGCCAUAUUCACCAUGCUGACGCACAAGUUCUUCAUCCAGCGUCCAAUCCUCCUGAAUCCCCUGGGCCAGUGCCCCGCGUGUCUCCAGGUGCGAAGUGCUGCCUUCCAGACGAGCCUGGGCGUUGUGUAUCCCACGAUCUUGGCGCCAUUUGCCGCUUUUAUGUUCGCCACCCGCUGCUACACAUACCGUAUGCCCUCGGUCACGGAGAAUCCUCGAGAGGUGUUCAUGCUGUGGCGGAAGCUCACACGACCCAUUGUGCCGGCACUGGGCGCCAUUAUCUGCGUUCAGGCCCUGAUCACCAUGUUCCUCACAGGCCUGGAGGACAAGCAGAACUUCCAAAUGAUGCUGCGGAUGAAGGAAAUCGAGCACGAGCUGGAGGAGAACCACAUGCCGCAGAGAUUCGACUUUUAAUUGUUUUUACUUUGUUACCUAGCUGAAAUAGAGGCGACUUUUGGGGAGAAAA